GUGCUUUCCAGCCGCGAGCUGUCAGGCGGGUGUCAGGCCCGGCAGGUACGCGGCGCGCGCCCCCGGCGCCCCCCGCCCCGGCCGGGACGCCCCGCACCCUGCCCGAGGCCGCGUGGGCCCGAAAGCCGCCGGGAAAAGCUCACCUAAGAUCCAGCCUAGCUCCUAGGCACCAUGUCAGACAGUGAUCUGGGUGAAGAUGAAGGCCUCCUCUCCCUGGCGGGCAAGAGGAAGCGCAGGGGGAACCUACCCAAGGAGUCCGUGAAGAUCCUCCGGGACUGGCUGUAUUUGCACCGCUACAACGCCUACCCCUCAGAGCAGGAGAAGCUGAGCCUUUCUGGACAGACCAACCUCUCAGUGCUGCAGAUAUGUAACUGGUUCAUCAACGCCCGGCGGCGGCUUCUCCCAGACAUGCUUCGGAAGGAUGGCAAAGACCCUAAUCAGUUCACCAUUUCCCGCCGUGGUGGUAAGGCCGCAGAAGUGGCCCUGCCCCGUGGUAACAGCCCCUCAGUGCUGGCAGUGUCGGUACCUGCCCCCGCCAAUGUGCUCUCUUUGUCUGUGUGCUCCAUGCCACUCCACACAGGCCAGGGGGAAAAGCCAGCAGCCUCCUUCCCACCAGGGGAGCUGGAGUCCCCCAAGUCCCUAGUGACCCCUGGUAGUACACUUGCCCUGCUGACCAGGGCUGAGGCUGGGAGCCCCACAGGUGGACUUUUCAACACACCACCGCCCACACCCCCAGAGCAGGACAAG